AAGGAAGGGAUCUUCUCUAUCUAUCUAUCUAUCUAGCUAACCACCGAGGGUUUGGCUUGGCUUGAAGCCUUUGGAGGCCGCUGAAGAUGAUUCAAACUUCAAAGAUCUUGUGAUUUUGUGACCUUAAUUUCUUCCCUAAAAUCUCGUGUCUUAAAUAAUCGACAACAGAGAGAUCCAAAAGAUAAGUAAUUAGCGAUUGCUUUGGUCGCGGUCGUUCGAGAAAGGAGGUUGAUCGUACUCACCUUCCAGUUGCAGAACCAAUCGGUUAACUCAAUAAUUCAAGUCCAAGUUAACGUCAUAGAGAUGAUAGAUCUAGAGGUGAUCGGACGGCAUGCCUUUUUAUUCGAUGAUGACGCCAUGGCUACCUUUGUCAAUUCCGCUGAUGCUCUCGUCCAAUGGAAUUCUCUCCUCAUCGACCGAUAUGAUGUCCGCCAUCUACUCAACAGCCUGCCCCUGCGGAGGUCCCGCCAGUUGACGCGCUCUCCCACUUCCUCAUCAACCAACUCCGACCUGGACCAUGAACGCUACCAAGAUCUGCCUCCACCAUUCGCAGAACAAGAUCUGGACGAGGAAAAGUUUGUUGAUGCUGGUGGUUAUCGUGCUGUUGCCUUCUCAUAUGCUAAUCCAAAUGAUUCUACUGAUCAAAAUAAGCCUGAUGCUGGAAUAGAAAGUUCUGGCUUUGUUCCACCCUUCCCAGUUCCUGAGAACCUACUUCAGAGCUUGCCAACAACGUAUAAAGUCCAUCAGAUAAUAGCAAGAACUGCAUUGUUCGUUGCCACACAUGGUGGGCAAUCAGAAAUAAUUCUGAGAGUUAAACAAGGGGACAAUCCAACCUUCGGUUUCCUGAUGCCAGACCAUCAUCUUCAUCCUUAUUUUAGGUUCCUUGUUGAAAAUAAGUACCUUUUGCAGUCUGACGCAGAUGUAAAAUCUGUAAAGGAGAAGGGUGAUUUUGAGAACAAUCAGUCUCGUGGAGCACUGUCUUUGCUUGGCUCUGUGUAUGGUUCAGGGGAGGAUGAGGAUUUUACAGUUGGGAAGAGUGAAGAAUCUAAAGAAAAUGUGACCAAGAAAGAUUCUUGUGAUGGUAGUCCAGCCUUUCUCCAUGGAUCAGAUAAAGCAGAAUCUCCUUUAAUCGUAGAUGGAGGUGGAGAUCAGAUGGUUCUUAAACGUCCAAUUCCUUCCAAGUAUAUUCCUGUGAAGAAAAAUACUCAAAUUGGCGAAUUGAAACCUGGAACUACUCAUAGCACAAGAAAAGGUGAAAGUGGUCCUUUGGUUUCGGCCACCUCAGAGAAGUCAGGGACUUCUUCUAUUCAGAAUGUAUCUAAGAGUAAACCACCGGUAUUGGAGCCUCCAUCUGACGUAAAGAGGUCAAUCAACAAGAUAAUCGAAUUCAUUGUUAAAAAUGGAAAGCAGUAUGAAGCAGUGCUUAUUGAACAAGACAGAAAAUAUGACAGAUUCCCAUUCCUUUUACCCUCUAGUCAAUAUCAUCCUUAUUAUUCAAAAGUUCUACAGGAAGCUAAUCAAUCCAAGUUAACUGUCAAGAGUUUCCCUUCUGGAAAAAGAAGUUCUUCUGUUGAGGCCCAAGACAAGAAUGCGUACAUAGAAAAGGAAAGGAAUGGGUAUUCCUUGGGACCUUCUUCUGGUUAUGACAUUCCUUAUGAUUCUCCUGACAGGAAAGAGAAGUUUAAAAUGGUAAUUGGGAAGUCAAAGAAGGAUAACCAAGAUUCGGAGGCUGGGCAGCCACAGGUCGGUAUAGCUGUGGAUGCUGCUGCUGCUGCAGCAAUCCUUCAUGCCGCAACAAGAGGUUUGAAGUAUCCUGAUCUGGGGGGAAUUCUGACAAACGGUGAUAAAAGUGGGCGAAGUAGUGAGGGAGUAGUAUAUUCGGGGAAAGAUAUAGACUCAGCUGAGGAAAACAUGAGUAAAGAUGAGAAGAUGAAGAAGGCUGAAAGGCUAAAACGGGCAAAGAUGUUUGUUGCAAAGAUAAAAACCGAAAAUGCACCUUGUAAAACUGAUAGGACGACAAGAACAGGGCAUAUCUCAUCCGUAGAGCCUCCUCCUGGCAAAGAAAGAGGAGAAGUAAUACUAGAUGUUAAUUAUUCUUCAGAGAAAAAAAGGAAGAUGGAAAAGAGAUGGGAUGAAGAUGAAUAUGACGAUCGGAAGUCAAGGAGGAAGUACAGAUCAAGAUCUAGGAGGGUACAUGAAGAGGAGGAGGAGGAGGAAUAUGAGAAGAGGAGGGAUCAUGAUGAUCAUCAUCAUCAUCACAAGCGGCAGAAGCAGCAGCAACACAGGAGAAAGAAGAGACAUGAUGGUUCUGAUUCCUCAAAUGAUGAGGGAAGAGAUGUAAGAGGGGGGGAGAAGGAUGAUGAUGACGAUGCAAGGGACAGAGAGGGGAAUUCUUCUUCUUCUUCUUCUUCUUCUUGCUCAAAGAAGAAACACAGGUGUAGUAGGGCACACAGGCGCAGGUGGAGGGAUUCAUCAUCUGAUCAUUUGGAUGAUGGGGUAAGGAGGAAGAGGAGAAGUGGUCAUGAUAAGUUGGAAGAUAAGGUGGAGGAGGAGUUGGAGGAAGGAGAGAUUGAUGGUUCCUCCACCAAGGAAGAAGUGAUGGAUCAUGAUUUGUCAGUAGUAGUAGUGUGUGGUAAUGAUAAUAUUGAUGGAGGUCAGAAGACUCAGACAUCGUCAUCAUCGGCAGCAUCACAUGAAGCUGGUUCCCAGGUGGUUUCAGAUGAUCUCCGGGCAAAGAUCAGAGCAAUGUUGAUGGCCAACAUGUGAUUAACUAGAUAGAAGAAGAAGGACCCCCCCAAUCAAAUCAAAUCAAUGUUGUUUACACUCGCUCACUCACUCAUCUUCUUUCGAUGGGAUUAUGGUUGAUUUCCUUAAUGAGGAAUUAAAAGUUUAAAUAUAUAUGUUUGUGUUGUGUUGUUGUUAAAUACACUAAUAAUAAUAGUUAACAACAGACUUAUAAAAGAAGAAGACACCUUAGUAGUAAUAAUAGUAGUAGUAUUGUUAGUUCAUCUUGAUUGGAAUAUUAUGUUAUAUUUAAUACAAUUAAAAGUGAAACCAGUAAUUAUGUAUGCAU